CCAUAAUUCUCGGUUUAAGAAAAACCAAAAAAAAAAAAAACACAGAAACAAACAUUUCGAAGAAGCUUCUAAAAAAUGGUGGCCGUAUCAGAGAAUCAGAAAACGAAGAACAACAACAACACUCUCAAGUUCCUCUGCAGUUACAGCGGCAGAAUCCUCCCUCGUUCUAUCGACGGAAAGCUCCGUUACGUCGGAGGUUUCACCCGAGUACUCUCCGUUCGUCACUCCAUCUCUUUCACAGAGCUGAUGGUGAAAUUGGAAGAGUUUUGUGGAUACGCCGUCGAGUUAAAAUGUCAAUUACCAAACGGAGAUCUCGAGACGCUGAUCUCGAUCAAAUCAGACGAAGAUCUAGUCAAUAUCGUUGAAGUAUACGAUCGUGUACACGGAGGCAAGAUCCGUGCGAUUUUGUCGAUUCCGAAGCCGAUGUCGUCUCCACGAUCUAGCGGAGAUCUAUCACCGAAAUCGCCGUUAGUCUACGUCGUGGCUUCUUCUCCUUCACCGCCGCGGUACAGUUUGGCAUCUCCUCCGGCGGAGACUCUUCUUCUCAGUAGGUUCCGUAUGAGAACAGCUGGUGAAUAUUCUCGUUGCUGUAACUGCCGUGUUCACAACAGAGAUGCUAAACUCAUAUGGCAAUAACAUCGUUGACGGAGAAAAAUCAAAUAAUGCCUAAGAAAUAAAAAUGUAGAAAAUGGUGUGUUGUUGUUUUAUGAAGAAUUAUGAAAAUUUAGUGAGAAUUUUGCGGUGCUUGAA